UCUAACUAAAUUCUUUUGUGUCUUUGUUAUUAACCAAGGUCAUUUUGGGGAAGGAAAUUAAAAGUCCAUGCGACGUCGUCUUAGGUGGCUUUGCAAACUCCUUUCCCCCGUCACUGUAACUGUAAGCAAGAUCCGGGGGUCAUCUCUCUCCUCCCCUGCUGCGAUCUCCCGUCGGAAAAGCAAAUCAGAAAGAAGACGCAGCACAACAGCACCAGUUCAUAUUACAUGCAGCAUUGGAUAUUGUCCAGGACCUUGCAUGGACAACAAGUGCUAUGUUCUUGAAAGCAAUUGACAGAUUCAACGAUUUGGUGGUUUCGGUCUAUGUUACUGCUGGUCAUACACGACUUAUGCUACUUCAUGACUCCCGUAAUGAUGAUGGAAUCAAAAGCUUCUUUCAAGAGGUCCAUGAGCUAUAUAUAAAGAUUCUUCUGAAUCCACUCUACCUACCUGGCUCUCGGAUUACGUCAUCUCAUUUUGCUACGAAAGUUCGAGCCCUUGCAAGAAAAUAUCUCUGAGGCCAUUUUGCUAUCUACCAGAGGCAAGAGCUUGGUAAUAUGGAAUGAGGUUUGCAGUACUCCAAAUUAACAAUUAAAUCUCUGUGACUUGAUCUUGCAUUUGUUUGAAGUACGUCCGAUGAGUAUCAAGGCAUUUUGCCUCUGAUGAUUUCCGUUUGAUGACCAUAUGGUACGAUUGCAGUUUGAAAUCUCUAGUUUAUUCUAUGAAAGAGCUAUGUAGUCAUAUCAUAGUCUUUAUUCUAUAUGAUAAUGAUUUGGCCUAUAUAUUCAAUUUUUCAUUAUUUUCAUUUGGCAUUA